CGCUGGCAGCAGAGGAGAGGCGGCGCUUGCGACGGCGUGCAGAUGCAGCACGCAGGCAAGCGAAGGAUCUUGAUGCACACUUGUGCAGACAGCACAUGCCUUGCUCUCCCUCAGGGGCAGCCAGCACCGCCCACAAAACAGCGUUUGAGCCAUUGCCCAGCCUGCCUCUCAACCACAUCUUCCCGUCUCGCUCCCCCUCGCCCACGUUCCUCACUCACCCUCAUACACUCUCUUCGCCAUGUUCGCCCGCUCCCUCCUCGUCCUCUCGCUCAGCGCCGGUGCCGCGCUGGCGCAGCAGGCCUCGCUCUCGCAGGUGGCCGAGGGCCUCGCCUCGACGCGCGCCCAGCUCAACGGCGCCGGCCUCGUGCCCAACCCGAUCUCGGAGCAGCUGCUCAACCUCACCGCCGUGCUCUCGCUGCAGUUCGGCAGCAGCGGCAGCCCCGUCGCCAUCGGCACGUCGCAGAGCGUCAGCGACGUCACGCAGGCGCCCAGCUACCGCCUCGAGUUCGCGCCCGAGAGCGCCAGCGCCCUCAGCGGCAAGACGUUCACGGUUGCCUUCCUGGAUGCUGGUGCCGCUGGUGUCGGCAACCCUGACGGCCUCCUCACGCGCCACUUCCUCGGCAACAACUUCAACCUCGGCUCCGACGGCAUCCUGAGCAACUCGACGCCGGCGAUCACCGAGUAUGCCUCGCCUGCGCCGGCGCCCGGCUCGGGCCCGCACCGCUACUUCCAGGUCGUCUUCCUGCAGGGCGACGACUUCCGUGCGCCGUCGAACCUGUCGCAGCCCGGCACGCCGCUGUCGACCAUGUCGCUCGCCGGCUACGCGCAGGAGGCCAACCUGCGGCAGAUCGUCGCGGCGUCGUACGUGUCCAUCGAGGACAACUCGGCCUCGGUGACGGACAGCAUCUCGAGCACGCAGGCGCCGGCCUCCAGCAGCGUCGCGGCGCUCGCGACCAGCAUCAGCCGCAGCCUUGCGGGCGGCAGUGCCACGUCGGGAGGCAGCAGCAGCAGCACGCGCUCCGGCUCCUCGGGCGCGCCCAGCGGCACCUCGGCCGCCGGUGGCUCCAACGGCGCCGUGAAGCUUGGCGCCGGCGCGGGCCUGCUGGCUGUGCUUGGUGCUGCCGCUGUGCUGCUCUAGACGCCUCGAUGUCCCCACCCUGUAGCAUCUCUUCGUCCAUCAUCAGCACUCCACCCCGGCCCGCCCAGCACUUCAUGUCCUACAUCCACGCUCAAUGACCACGCCUCGCGAUGUGUGGAUAUGAGGGAUUGAUUCCUGAGGGUCUGCGUGGCCGGCACGCGACGGGGUGGCACUAAUGAUGGGGUGACGAGACGAGGACAAUGCGGCAACAAGGGACGAGAGAUGCGAGAAGACGAAGGGACGGCGGCUGGGCUUGCUGCGCCUACUUGGCCGGCAGCACGUUGGCCUUGAACUGCGUGGCGCCGACGUAGUUGCCCGGCGGGCGGUACUCGCAGAACACGACCUGGCCGGUGCCCUUGUAUCCGCCGAAGCCAAGCG